AUGGCACUAAAAUCCAUUAAAUAUGUUCACGGCAGACCCAUUGAUAGAUUAAAAUACAAGGGGAACGCGUUCAGUACGUGGGUGCACAAAUCUUCCCGACAAGCAUUUGUCCAUAGUUGUGCAGAGCACGUGAAAUCAAAUUUGAACACUCACAUCAAGCCCUUUCAAGCAGUGCACAAGUUAAUUCGCCUAGAUAAGCCCUCUUAUGACAUGAGCAAGUUUGAGCUAGGUGCCGACAGCAUGCCUUUCUGGAAUACUUUCUUGGAUAGCACGAUCUGCAGCCAUGGCACGACUCCUCAGCGAUGUUCUUGA